GGCCGCCUGGCGCCCUGCCCGCGCCUCAGGACCGGCGGGGCGGCGCGGCGCAUCCUGCGGGCGGCGGCGGCGGAGGCGCCGGCAGCCGGGCGCAAGAUGAUGAAGUUUCGGUUCCGGCGCCAGGGCGCCGACCCGCAGCGCGAGAAACUCAAGCAGGAGCUCUUCGCCUUCAACAAGCCUCCCUCCCCACAGACCGUGGAGCAUGGAUUCCCUAAUCAACCCAGCGCCCUGGCCUUCGACCCUGAACUUCGAAUCAUGGCCAUUGGCACCAGGUCUGGGGCCGUCAAGAUCUAUGGCGCACCUGGUGUGGAGUUCACAGGCCUACACCGAGAUGCAGCCACUGUUACCCUGAUGCAUUUCCUGCCUGGCCAGGGCCGCCUCCUGACUCUGUUGGAUGACAGUAGUCUGCAUCUGUGGGAGAUCACCCAUCAUAAUGGCUGUGCCCACUUGGAGGAGGUGCUCAGUUUCCAGCCACCCAGCCGGCCCAGCUUUGAAGGUGUCAGUGUGCCUGCCAGCCUCACCCGCAUCACGGUGGUCUUGCUGGUGGCUGCUGAUGACAUGGCUGCCCUGGGCACUGAGGGCGGCAGUGUCUUCUUCCUGGAUGUUACCACCUUGACGUUGCUGGAAGGAAAGACUCUUAGCCCAGAUGAAGUUCUGCGCAGUGUACCAGAUGACUACAGGUGUGGAAAGACUCUAGGCCCUGUGGAGUCGCUCCAGGGACACCUCAUGGACCCUACCAAGAUCCUCAUUGGGUAUAGCCGAGGCCUGCUGGUCAUUUGGAAUCAUCCUGCUCGGUGUGUGGAUCAUAUCUUCUUGGGGAACCAACAAUUGGAGAGCCUGUGUUGGGGGCGGGACGGUGGCACCAUCAUCAGCUCGCACAGCGAUGGCAGCUAUGCCAUCUGGUCUGUGGAAACUGACAGGUCCCUGACGCUGCAGCCCACUGUGGCCACUAUACCCUAUGGCCCCUUUCCCUGCAAGGCCAUCAACAAGAUUCUGUGGCGGAACUGUGAAUCAGGGGGCCACUUCAUCAUCUUCAGUGGUGGCAUGCCUCGUGCCAGCUAUGGUGACCGCCACUGUGUGAGUGUGCUUCGAGCUGAGACACUGGUGACGUUGGACUUUACCUCCCGCAUCAUUGACUUCUUCACGGUGCACAGCACAGGGCUAGAGGAUGACUUCGACAACCCACGGGCCCUAGCCGUGCUGCUAGAGGAGGAGCUGGUGGUGCUUGAUCUGAAGACACCUGGCUGGCCGGCUCUGCCUGCCCCCUACCUGGCCCCGCUGCACUCAUCUGCCAUCACCUGCUCUGCCCAUGUUGCUAAUGUCCCUGCCAAGCUGUGGGCCCGAAUCGUGAGCGCCGGCGAGCAGCAGAGCCCCCAGCCUGCCUCCAGUGCCUCGAGUUGGCCCAUCACCGGGGGCCGGAACCUGGCUCAAGAGCCAUCACAACGAGGGCUGCUGCUGACAGGCCAUGAGGAUGGUACCGUGCGAUUCUGGGAUGCCUCAGGUGUGGCGCUGCGGCCACUCUACAAGCUGAGCACAGCUGGCCUCUUUCAGACAGACUGUGAGCAUAUGGACAGCCUGGGCCAGGCUGCUGAAGAUGACUGGCCACCCUUCCGCAAGGUGGGCUGCUUUGACCCCUACAGCGAUGAUCCCCGGCUUGGUGUGCAGAAGGUGGCUCUCUGCAAGUACACAGCUCAGAUGGUGGUGGCUGGCACUGCAGGCCAGGUGCUGGUGCUGGAGCUCAGUGACAUGCCAGUGGAGCAGGCAGUCAGCGUGGCCAGUGUAGACCUCCUCCAGGACCGUGAGGGCUUCACGUGGAAGGGCCAUGAGCGGCUGAGUCCACGUACGGGGCCACUCCUGUGGCCUGCUGGCUUCCAGCCCCGUGUGCUGGUGCAAUGCCUGCCCCCAGCUGCUGUCACCGCUGUCACACUUCAUGCAGAGUGGAGCCUUGUGGCCUUUGGCACUAGUCAUGGCUUUGGCCUUUUUGACUAUCGGCGCAAGAGCCCAGUGCUGGCCAGGUGCACCCUUCACCCAAACGAUUCCCUGGCUAUGGAGGGGCCUCUGUCUCGAGUGAAGUCCCUCAAGAAGUCACUGCGCCAGUCUUUCCGGCGUAUCCGCAAGAGCCGAGUCUCAGGCAAGAAGCGAGCUGCUAAUGCCAACAGCAAGUUGCAGGAGGCCAACGCCCAACUGGCAGAGCAAGCCUGUCCCCAUGAUGUGGAGAUGACACCUGUGCAGCGCCGCAUCGAGCCUCGCUCUGCUGACGACUCCCUCUCAGGUGUUGUUCGAUGCCUGUACUUCGCUGACACGUUCCUUCGAGAUGCGGCCCACCAUGGGCCCACAAUGUGGGCCGGCACCAACUCGGGCUCUGUGUUUGCCUAUGCACUGGAGGUGCCAGCAUCCAUGGCAGGCAGUGAGAAGCGGCCCGAGCGGGCAGUGGAGGCUGUGCUGGGCAAGGAGGUACAGUUGAUGCAUCGGGCACCAGUAGUGGCCAUCGCUGUGUUGGACGGACGCGGCCGCCCACUGCCUGAGCCCUAUGAGGCCUCUCGGGACUUGGCACAAGCGCCAGACAUGCAGGGUGGGCAUGCCGUGCUCAUCGCAUCUGAGGAACAGUUCAAGGUGUUCACACUGCCCAAGGUGAGCGCCAAGACCAAGUUCAAGCUGACAGCCCAUGAGGGCUGUCGUGUGCGCAAGGUAGCCCUGGCCACGUUUGCUAGUGUGGCCUGUGAGGACUAUGCUGAGACCUGCCUGGCCUGCCUCACUAACCUGGGAGACGUGCAUGUCUUCUCCGUGCCUGGCCUGCGGCCCCAGGUGCACUAUUCCUGUAUCCGAAAGGAGGACAUCAGUGGCAUCGCCUCGUGUGUGUUCACACGCCACGGCCAGGGCUUUUACCUGAUUUCUCCAUCAGAGUUUGAACGCUUCUCUCUGAGUGCCCGAAACAUCACAGAGCCACUCUGCUCUCUGGACAUCCGCUGGCCCCGUGAUGCCACCCAGACCAGGGUCCGAGAGUCACCCAAGCUGAGCCAGGCUAACGGGACCCCAAGCAUCAUCCUGGCCCCACAGAGCCAUGAUGGAAGCCCUGAUCCUGCCCACAGCAAGAGCGCUGAUACCCCAGAGCUGCCUGAGGCCACACUCUCACCCAUGUCCAUUGACUCAGCUACCAGCGCUGACACUACUCUGGACACGACAGGGGAUGUCACAGUGGAGGAUGUGAAGGAUUUCCUGGGCUCUGAGGAGUCAGAGAAGAAUCUGAAGAACCUUGCAGAAGAUGAGCCUCAUGCGUGUACCAUCCUGAUCAAAUGAGGAAGGUCAGCAUGAUCCCAGCCAUCUCUUGCCUUGCUCGGAGCUGGUGUCCUGGAUCCCUGGCUUCUGCCUGGUUCCUUAACAUAGACCCGUAUCUGCUAACCUGUGAACUCCAGUGGACCUGCCAUCCUGUCCCCACCCAGCUGGGCCACGGAGAGUCGUGGGCCUCUCCCUGGAGCCUCUUGACCAGGCUUGCUCAACCUUCCCAGGGCAAGUGGCUGCCCUAGGGCUGCUGCCUAGGGAGGGCAGAUAGGGCUGAACGUCAGGCACCUCGCAUCCCACACACACCCGUUUCUCUCCCUUUGCAAAGAGUAUUUUUCUAAUGCCUGUGCUGGGCUGGACAGUCGUUUCUAAAACUAUUUUGGUACUUGCCACUGAGCCAGCCCUCAGCCUAUGUGUGUAUGAUGGGGAGCCCUGCUGGGCAUCUCAGCUGUGAUAUAUGUGUGUUGGGGGGUCAGGAUGGGCUUUCCUGUAGAUCAUACCUUGAAUUUUUUUCUGGCCUUUUUUUAAAGUUAGUGUUGUUUUAAUAUUAAGAAUACUGAUUUUUAAUAUUGAAAAUAAAAGCAUUUAAUAUCUCUUAAA